AGUUUUCGCCCCCUCUCUCCCUCACUCCUUCUCGGAUUCGAACUGCAUCACGCACACCGUGGAGCUGGGGAGGAAAAGCACGUAACGUCGCUGCUGCUGUUUUUGUCUUCUCGUUAGACAAUGCAAGAAGUCCGCGAUGCGUCGGUAGCCAUCAGCGAAGGUGUCGGCAGCGGCGCGCAGCCCACCUCGCAGCAGGACGCAACGACAACGACGGCGCUCGCCGCCGUCUCCCGUCCCACCGGUCGUGCGCCGCGGACUUGCUUCACCUACGCGUCGCACCCGUCACUCCAAAGUCAUCGCGGAAGCCCUUUCGGUGCCAUAUCCUCCUCCACCUCAGCGGCAGCCGUGAAAACCCCUGCUGAAGCCUCUUCCUUGUCUGUCAGCUCCCCUGCCGCGGUCGCCGUCUCCUUGACACCUGACACGACAGCCGUGGCAGCUCCCACUGACAUGCAUGUGACAUCGUCGCAGCAGCAACAGCAACAGCAGCAGUCCGCAGCAUCGUCGUCGUCGUUGUCUUGCCCUCUCACCGCCACCGCAGCACCGCCGUGGCCGUCGUUCGGCAAAAUGGACGCCUCGCAGAUUGGCGCCGCCACCUACCCGACUGACGGUCCUCUCCUUCUACAGGCCGGCGCUGGCAGCGGCAAGACGCAGACGAUGGCCGCCCGCAUCGCUUUCCUGCUCGAAAGCGGGGUGCCGGCGCGGCGUAUUUUGGGCAUCUGCUUCACCCGGCAGGCGGCCGAGACGCUGCGUGAACGGGUGCGGUCCACCCUGCCCCCCUCCCUCGCCCGCCAGGCACACCUGCUGAAGCUCAAGACCUUCCACGCCUUUGGACUGGAGUGCCUCCGCCGCUUUGGGGAUCUGCCGGCCGACGUGCGCGUGCUGGACGCGCGCCAGCAGCACCAACUCGCCCGCAGCGUUGUCGAGGCCUACGCCCAGCGUGAGAAGAGCAGCGAGGCGGCGGCGGACUUGGUGGACUACGUGAACCGCGUCAAGACGAUGAAGGUGCCGCCGAUACCGCAGUCGGACCCCGGCAUGCAGGACGCCUAUCUUUUUCCGUUUUAUCAGCGCGUGCUGCACGAGGAGCACAACGCGGUCGACUUCGGCGACCUGCAGCAGAUGCUUUACGACCUGCUGCGUCCCGCUCCGGCAGGGGAGUCUCCAAGUGGUGGUGGUGGUGGUGGUGGUGAAGGGCAGCACGGAGGAGAUGCGCGCAGCACGGGUGAAGAGGCGUCCACACGGCUCGACGAGACGAGCGAGGGGUCCUCCCGACAGCAACCGCAUCCACAACCACAACAGCAGGCGCGUCAUCUUGUCCCGUCCCCCGUCUGCGCGGCGCUGCGGGCAGAGUACACCCACUUUGUCGUUGAUGAGUUCCAAGACUUCAACGAAAUUCAGGUUGAGCUGCUCGCCCUCUUGGCGGGUGAUGCGUGUCGCGUGACGUGCGUGGGCGACCCAAACCAGUGCAUCUACACCUGGCGGGGCGCCAUGCCAAACGUCUUUGGUGUGUGGAAGAGGCGAUUUCCGCAGGCGGCGCUGCUGACCCUCGCGCUGAACUACCGCAGCGACGGCCCCAUCGUGGACGCGGCAAACCGAGUUGUGAAGGCGACCCAGCAGGCCCAUCACCACCGCGAAGAGCGCGCUGUCACGUUGGUGCAGUGCUCCACCGAGGACGAUGAACUGCAGGCGGUGCCGUUGGUCGUAGAGCAUGUCUUGCGGCGCCGGGACCCGCAUCUCAGCUACGGCGACAUCGCUAUUCUGUGUCGCUCCCGCCGGCGGGUGCAGCUGUACUGUGACGUGUUGCGGGCGCAGCGAAUUCCGGUCCGGCAGCUCAAGGCGAUCUCCGUCGACCGGCUGUCCACGAUGCGCUCGUUUCUGGCGUUUCUGCGGUUGUGCCUCGCGCCGCACAGCCCGGAAGGGGACGCAGAUGUGCGCACGGUGCUGAACACCGCCCCGCUGCAUCGUCUGCCGGUGGCGUCGGCAAAGAAGUUUCUCCUCGCGCUGGACGCGGUGUGUCAAGCCCGGCGCAGCGCAGAGGCGGCGCAGAUUCGUGCGUGGCGGCACACGGUGGACGAUGGCAGCCUCGAGGACGCGACGGCAGCACAUCACAACGGCUGUAACUUCUCGGACCGCAUCCACGAUGUGCAGCUGGGUGAUCGUCAAGCCUCACGACAGCAGCGAUCGCACGAGCCCCUCGCCCCCGCCCUCGGCGUUCACCCCGAGACGUACUCCUUCUUCGCCGUGCUGCAGGAGCUCGUCUACCACAACUUCUCCCGCGAGGUGUUUCCAAAGCUGGAGGUGUCUAAGAAAAGCCAGAAAACGAUCCGUCACGUGGUGCAGCUCAUUUUGCACGCGCGGGAGAUGUUGGCGCAGCCCUCCUGCGACGUUGAGCAGGUGCUGCGCUACGUGCUGCGGGAAGGCGGCUACGAAAGUGAGAGCAUGUGUGCCGUGGCCACCCGUGCAGCGGUGGCGGAAGGAGGCGGCAGUGGCAGUGGCAGUGGCAGUGGCAGUGGCAGUGGUGGAGGGGGAGGUGUCCCGGUCGGCAAGCGACCGCGGUGUGAUGAUGCUGUCGAAGGCGCGAAAGAGAACGACGGCGCGCGCUCCGCCUGCCCGAAACGUGUCGCGACACUCUUAAUGGAGCAGUGCGCCGCAAACCACAACCAUCACCAGCAGCAACAGGAACAACAGCGUGGGCACUCGCCUCAUGACUGGCGACGACGGCGCUUCGGUGCGGCCUCGUCCUUCACCGCGAUUCGUGCUGGUAGGUGCGGCGGCAGCGGUGUUGCGGGCCACGAUGACGUGCUGCCCCCCGACGAGGAGGCCGUGGUGUGGCAGGAGCAGCGCAUGAACCUUGCGGAGCUCGUCCUCCACACCUAUCGUGGCGUGCAUGACGCCCUCCAACAGGAAGUGGCGCAACAAGUCGAGACGAACGCAGACGUGGAAGGCGAGAGCAACAGUGAAGACGGGGGUGCGGUGGAGGCCGAUGUGGCGGUAUCCUCCUCCGCCUCGCUCAGCCACAGCAAUAGUCACUCCCUUAGCAAGGGGCAGCACAACUUCUGCUCUCGCCAGCAGCGCCGCCCUCACAGCGUCGCGGACGACUCGGUGAGCGUCUUCAGCACCGGCAGCGGCGGAGCCGUCGCGACGCUGAUGCAGUCCCUGUGUCCCCCCGCCACGGUGCUGCGGCGUGUUCUGGACGAGUUUGUGACGCUCGUCUCCUCGGACGACUACGGCCCCAUGCGGGAGUCCGAAAAGACCUCCUCCUCCGGCGAUGAUGCGGGGGCCGCACCGCACUGGAUCGGACAGGUCACGGUGGGGACGGUGCACCGGGCGAAGGGGAUGGAGUGGCCGGCGGUGCUGCUGCCGGGGUGCUGGGUGGGCGAGUACCCCGUCCUCCCCCGCGAGGAGGAGAAGCGCGUCUUCUACGUGGGCAUGAGUCGCGCCAUGAAGCACCUCGUGUUUUUUACCGCCGCGUGGAAAGAGGCGGUGGGUGGAGACGUCAACGCCAGUGGGGAGGGCGGAAGGGUGGAUGUGGCCGGUAGUGGGGCGGGGGCGGGGACUGCGGCAUUGUACGGCACGGCGCUGGAGGAGACGCCGUAUCUCGCUGCUGUGGCCGACAAGCUGGAGCGGGUCGCCUUCGCUGAUCUCAAGGCGGCGUACUUGAAGGAGCGCGGCUACAUGUAA